UGUCAUCUGUCACUUUCCACAUGAUUCACAUCAAUUUAGCCCCAACCCAAAUUUCUUCUUUUUGCAUAUCAGUGCAUCAGUGCGCAAUUAGUUUAUCGUUUUGCCGGUGUUUUAUGGUUAUAUAGUUGUAUGACAUUAAUUGUAACAAACACAAUGGAGGAAAUCCUGGCCAAACUGCUGGUGGCAAACAGCAAAGUUAUUCAACAGGGCACCAAAGAACUGAAGGAGGCUUUCAAGAAGCCCGAGGCCAUUCCGGCCCUGUGCGAAGUCAUCGUUUCGUCCCCAAACUCCCAAAUCCGGCAGUCCGCAGCUGUGCUGCUCCGGAGGAAGCUGGGCAAGAAGAGGCAGUGGAGUAAGCUCAAUGUGGAGACCAGAAAUAGGAUAAAACAAGGGAUGCUUCAGGCCUUAGUUAGCGAACAAGAGAAGCUCGUGAAGAAUGCAAUAGCUCAGUUUAUUGGGAUCAUAGGUAAACACGAAUUUCCAGACAAUACGUGGCCGGAAGUUUUACAGUUUAUACAUACAUUGUGUAGUAGUGACCACAUAUUUGAUAGAGAGUUGGGGAUGUAUACCCUAUCUAUAAUGACUGAAAUUUCACAAGGCUCGUACAUCAAUCACGCUGACGCGUUUGCAAUACUUUUUACCAAUAUUUUAAAUACUCUCCCGGAACUGAAUUCAAAUUUGGCUUAUUACACGGUGGUGACCAUGAAUAAUCUAGUGUCGGUGAUCGCCGGACAUCAACAGAUGGUCAACGUCUACCACAACCUCCUCCCCCGCAUCCUCGAAAUCAUCAACGCCUUCUCCCAAGAAGACGAGAAGCGCGCGUGCGAGCUCUUCGAGAUCCUCGAAGAACUGAUCGAGUACGCCGUCGCCGUCGUCGUCCCCCACGUAAGGCUGAUCGUAGACAUGUGCCUUCGCAUCGGUGGCGACAGCUCCAUGCCCACCACGGUCCAAAUCAAAGCCAUCAGCGUCGUCGGCUGGCUGAUCCGCUCCAAGGGCAAAGUCAUCCAGAAGAACAAACUCGUCGAGCCGAUCAUCAACGUGCUGAUCCAGCUGAUGGCGCAGCAGCCGGACGACGACGUCAACGAGGAGUACUUCCUGGGGGACCCGGACCAGUUCACGUCCAUCACGAUCGCCACACAGACGCUGGACUUGAUAGCCUUGCACAUACCCUCGGAGAAGGUGGUGCCGUACUUGCUGACCAGGGUGGAGCCGGCGAUCCAGGGGAACGAUAUUUACGCGCAGAAGGCGGCGUAUUUGUCGCUGGCGGUGCUGGCCGAAGGGUGCUCGGAGAGGAUAAGGCACAAGUAUUUGGAGCCGUUUUUGAAGUGCGUGUGUAAUGCUAUACACAAUCCGAACGCUGUGGUGAGGAAUGCGGCGUUUUUCGCUCUGGGGCAGUUCGCGGAGCAUCUGCAGCCCGAGAUUAGCCAAUACGCCGCAGAGCUCCUUCCAGUACUCUUCGAGUACUUAGGUCAAGUGUACGCUCAAAUGGAGAAGGACAAGACGGAGUCUGCCAGUUUAGAUAGGUUAUUCUACGCUUUAGAAACCUUCUGUGAGAACCUGGACGAAGGGUUAAUGCCUUACCUUCCCACUCUCAUGGAUCGACUCUUCGUCGCUCUGGACCCCACUGGCUGGUCCAUGCAGCUUAAAAGAAUCGCUUUGAGUACUCUAGGGUCGGCCGCUAGUGCCGUCAAAGAGGGGUUGCUGCCCUACUUCCAGAAAAUCAUCGAAAUACUCAACGUAUACAUAAACGCUGACCCGAAUUCGGAAAUCCACCAGCUUCAAAGCUACGCGAUAGAGGCCUUAGCGGUGAUAGCGCAGUUUAUAGGAGUGGAUAAUUUUAAACCGUUGGCAGCCGAGUCUUUACAGUUUGGUCUGAAAGUUUUAGAUGAUACGGAUGAUCCGGACGUUCGGAAAAGCGUCUAUGCCUUAUUUGCAGCUUUAGCGAUAGUCAUGAAGGAGGAGAUUAGUCCAGUGCUUCCAAAGGUUGUGGAGCAGAUGAUUAGUAGCAUACAGAGCAGCGAGGGAAUAGUUACUCACUACGAAGAAGAAGAAAAGGAAGACCUAGACGUGUACGCGGAGCUCUCCGACGACGACGAAGAGGAAGAAGAAGAUCUAGACGUGGCAUCUUCGAGUAGCGCGGACUCGACCCACUGCCGCUACUCCGUCGAGAACUCCUACAACGAAGAGAAAGAGCAAGCCUGCUUAGCCCUCCGCGAGAUCUGCAUAAACACAGGGAACUCGUUCUUGCCCUACAUAGAAAAAAGCUUCGAAGAAAUCUUCAAACUGAUCAACUACCCCCAGGAGGACAUCCGAAAAGCCUCAGUCGAAGCUUUACUCCAGUUCUGCAUCGCUUUACACAAGAUGAACUCCACCGAAACCAAACAAGCUCUCUACAAAGCUUUGCAGAUGUUCAUACCGAAAUGUGCCGAACUAAUCCGAACGGACGAAGAGAGAAGUGUGGUUAUGUGUUGUCUGGACGCGUAUGCGUUGCUAUUGGACGAAGUGAAGAGCGGGGUUUUGGUGGGGGAAGGACACAGGGAGGCCAUUAUGAAUUGCGUGAUUGACGUUUUGACGCUGAAGACGAUGUGCCAGGAUACUGACUUAGAUGUGAAUCAUGAAAAUGCCGACGAGGAGGGGGAAGCUGAACAAGACGAGUUGUUGUUGGAGUCAGCUGGUGACGUCAUUCCAAAAUUCGCAGCCGCGAUUGCACCAGACGACUUCAUGUUGUAUUUUCCGAAUAUUUUACAAUUGAUGACGCAGAGAACUAAAAAACAAAAUAGUAUAAGUCAGAGGUCGUUCGCUUACGGGACUCUGGCGGAGUGCAUGAAAUCUCUAGACGUUUACGUGGAAAAGUUCAACCAGCACCUUUUGCACCUGUGGCUGACGGGAGCCAAAGACGCUGCUGACGAAGUCAGGAAUAAUGCGAUUUUCGGACUCGGGGAGAUGAUAUUGCAUGGGAAAGAUCGAAUUUUUCCUUUUUACCAAGAUAUUCUCCAGUCGCUUUCUGCAGCCGUCGCCAAGGAAUCUCACGCCGGCACUUUGGACAACAUCUGCGGGGCGCUGGCCAAAAUGAUCAUAGUUAAUUCGUCCGGGAUACCUCUGGAACAGGUGUUCCCGGUGUUCAUCCAACGCCUGCCGUUGAGAGAAGACUUCCAAGAAAACGAAGCCGUCAUCAAAUGCUUCUUUGGACUUUAUCGGCAAGGAAAUUCGGUUUUACGCGACCAUUUAUCCGACGUUAUUAAAAUCGUCGUACAGAUCUAUCAAAGGAAGCAGUUUCCGAAUGACGAAACCCAAAACCUGUUAGUCGAGUUCAUCAAAACCGUAAACAGGGACUUCAGCGAGGAGUUCGGCAACGCGGUGUCUUCUCUGGGCCCAGAAGUGACUGAAUCUUUACAAAAUUUGUUCGCUUCGUAAAAGCGAAAGUGAUAACUCUUGUCCUAAACGAAUAGGAUUCAGAGACUGGUCAAAUGUUAAUUAAAAAAGUAUCUCAGAGAGUUGUUGAAGUUAGGACAAGCGUUAAAUGGUUUUGUUAUAAUAUUAUAGCAUUGAUUUAUUUAUUGUACCUAUGUAUCGAGCAUCAUAUAAGAGUUGUAAUUAUUGUUUUUAAUAAAAUGUAUUGCUUUUA